UUUUACUCACAAAGGUUUUCUUCUCCAUUUGAUACAUCUGCCUCUGCGUCUUUACCUCACUACCGCCGCCGCGUCAUUUUCCGACACACUCCACUAGCUGUUUUACAGCAGUUGCAAGUAUAGUACUUGUGAACCAUGGGCAAAAAAGUUGGUGAGCUAACUAUAAACGCAAAGAAGUUUGGUGGUCUUUCAAAACCUUGUAUGAAGGAUAUGGUUCAGUUUCUUGGCUGUUUAUCCCUUAAUCAUAACAAUGAUGAAAAGUGUGCUCGUCAACGCCAGCAACUAGAUACCUGCUUGGGGAGUCAGACUGGUAAGAAAAGAAAACCAUGGGGAACCCUCAAUUAUCACUUGCAGAGGCUCAACAGAGGAAGGAAGUAGUUUUGCUUGUUUGAAGAUAAUUUAUCAUUUUAGUGCAGUAGUUGCAGAUUUUCAGGCAUGCUUGAGAAACCCUUAUGCUGUAUUAAGCAAUCUUUAGAAAGAUCAUAAAUGAAUAGUAGUUCUGCAUGCUUAGACAUAACAAGAGCCAACUUUUCAAGAACUGGGCUACAUGAAAGCAUAGACAUUUCUCUGUUUAUCAAUUUUAUGAAACAUAUCUUAAGAAUGAAUUCUAUGAUCGCAUACUCUGCUGAAUCUAUAUUUGAUUUGAUAGUCAAUGUACACGAAGUCCUGGUUACGAUGUGGCUUCAAAAUAAGAUAAUACACCAAUUGUUUGUCUA